AUGCUCACCCGCCGCCGGGCGCGAGAGGCCCGGGCCCCAUCGCCGGAAGACGGCCCCCCCUCCCGACCGCGGGGCAAGAAUCCGCGGCGAUUGCCCAGCGGCCCCGGCGAACUCAGCCCCGAGCCAUCCCUGGCGCCCAGGGAUGCGGCGCGGGGGCGGCUGGGGGACGACCCGCUGCUGGACGCGAUCGUCAAGGUGUUCUGCAUCCACACGGAGCCGAACUUCUCACUGCCGUGGCAGAGGAAGCGGCAGUACUCGAGCAGCGGCAGCGGGUUCGCGAUCCCCGGGAGGAGGAUACUGACCAACGCGCACUGUGUGGACCACCAGACGCAGGUCAAGGUCAAGAGGCGUGGCUCUGACAGCAAGUAUGUUGCCCACACCAUGGCCGUGGGCCCCGAGUGUGACAUCGCCAUGCUGCGCGUCGACGACGAGGAGUUCUGGGAUGGCCUCCAACCCGUCGAGUUUGGAGGCCUGCCGCAGCUCCAGGAUGCUGUCACUGUGAUCGGCUACCCGAUUGGUGGGGACACUAUGUCAGUAUCCAGUGGCGUGGUGUCGCGGAUAGAGGUCACGCCCUACACGCAUGGCGCGUCGGAUUUGCUGGGGGUGCAGAUCGAUGCGGCCAUCAAUGCGGGGAACAGCGGGGGGCCUGCUUUCAAUGAGGGAGGAGAAUGCGUGGGGAUUGCAUUCCAGAGCCUGAAGAGCGAGGAUGUGGAGAACGUGGGGUACAUUAUUCCCACACCGGUCAUCGACCACUUCAUCACUGACUUUGAGCGAAAUUGCAGGUAUAUGGGCUUCCCCUGCCUGGGCAUCGAGUGGCAGAAGAUGGAGAACCCACAUCUGCGGGAAGGCCUUGGCAUGAGCCACGGCCAAAAGGGUGUGCUGGUGCGGCGGGUAGAGCCCACCUCCCCUGCCUCAAAACACAUUGACCAGUAUGACAUCCUGAUGAGCUUUGAUGGGGUUGACAUCGCCAAUGAUGGCACAGUGCCCUUUCGCAGUGGUGAGCGCAUUGGGUUCACGUACCUGGUGUCACAGAAGUAUAUAGGCGACGAGGUGGAGGUGGUGCUGUUGAAGAAGGGCGGCCAACGGGUCAGCGUGAACAUCCAGCUGCAUGCGCCCUACCGCCUCAUACCAGUGCACGUCAGUGGGAAGCCACCCUCCUAUUUCAUUGUGGGGGGUCUGGUGUUCACACCAGUCACCGUGCCGUACUUAAGGUCAGAGUAUGGGAAGGAAUAUGACUUUGAUGCUCCUGUCAAGCUGCUGGAUAGAAUGCUUCAUUCUAUGGCCAACCAGGAGGGCCAGCAGAUCGUGGUGUUGAGUCAAGUCCUGGCUGCGGAUCUCAGCAUCGGCUAUGAGGACAUCGUCAACACCCAGGUCAUCGCCUUGAACGGGCAGGAGAUCCACAGCAUGCGGACUCUGGUGAACCUGGUGGACAAGUGCAAGGACAAGUACCUGCACUUCGACCUGGACUACAAUCAGAAGGUGGUCCUCGAGGCCAAGGCGGCACGGGCGGCCACUAAGUCAGUGCUGGAGGUGCACUGCAUACCCCAGGACAGGUCAGACGACCUGAGAAAGGGACAAAAGGGGGGCUAG